GGACUAAUUGAUGUCAGUCCAAACCCAAAGGUGAUGCCUCAGUCCCCUAAGGCGAAUAUUGAGAAAAUAGAGAAGAUAGAGAAGGUUGAGAGAACUGAAAAGAUAGAGAAGAUUGAAGAUGAUAUGGAUGCUGGUAAAGAAAACAAACUGACAAUUGAACCCAGCAAUAAAGAGGAUUCAUUGAGAACUGUGAAAGGAAAGAGAGGUGGUAGACAGAAAUGGGUGCCUUUAAUGUUGGACCCUGAACCCAGCAGGAAGGAAGAGAGGAGGCACUUAUCACCAAAAUAUAACCGUGAUGGCAGAACCAAUCUAUCUAGAGAUAGAAAAACAUCUCAAGAUUACCAAAAUGAUAGGACAAAUCGAGAUGACUCUAACAGAGGUUCUAACUCUUUGAAUUGGCGACAAGGUGCAGAAAUUAGAGGUGGAUAUCGUAGUAGAGGGCGUGGAAGGGGUAGAGGACGGGGGCGUGGAAGAGGACAGCAUCAAGUCAGACCUGAAUUUUGGCAAGGACCCACUGAUGGCAAUCAAUUCAUUCCUUAUCCACAAUACUUUGAUACUGACUAUACUGGUAAUGUUGGUGGAGGUAGUCAAGUUGGAGGGUUUUUCUACGAGAAUGCUCCAUUUUAUCCUGUUGAACAAGACGCACUCAAAGAUUAUAUCCGAAAGCAGAUAGAAUAUUACUUCAGCAUAGAUAAUCUAGUGAAAGACAUCUUUUUAAGGCGAAAGAUGGACAAAAGUGGCUUCCUGCCCCUCAGUUUGAUCGCAGGUUUUCAACGGGUCCAAGCGUUAACAAGCAAUAUUGAUCUUAUUAUUGAGUCCUUGGAAAAGAGCACUGAAGUGGAAGUGUCAAAGGACAGAUUGAAAUUAAGACCGCGCCAACGACCAGAAGAGUGGCCCUUACCAGCACUCCCAGUUCCAGAACAUAGUACUUUACAGGCAGAUUCUCCAGAAUUUGUUCCAGGACAACCCUAUUAUGCUACUACACCACACCAUGAAUCAGAAUCAGCCCCGACAUCACCAGUACAGAGUCUUAGUGGUGAACUCAUUGACAAUAUUUCUUCAGACAGAGAACAUGCAUUGUAUCUAUCGGUCGGAAGAUCUGGCUUAUCAACCAGUGCGCCUGAAUUUGAUACUGGUGACUGGACGGAGGUGAAGAAGAGGACAAGAACUACACCUAGAAAGCGUCAAGUCUCUGGCUCAUCGCAUCAGGAUUCAUUUGGUCAAGAAGAACUUGAUUUUGAAUUUGAUGAAGAAUUAAAAAGGUCCGGCAAGAAACACAUGUUUGCAUCAUCUGAAGAAUGGGAUGAUGAUUCUGACUAUGAGAUGUCUGACAGUGAAGUCAGUAAAAUUAUUAUUGUAACACAAACCCCACCACCAGCUAGUAAAAAGCAUCAUUUGAAGAUGAUAGAACAGGCUAUCAUGAAACCAGAGCUAAAAUGACUCAAGAAUUGGGUAAAAUGAUUAAUGAUGGUUUAUUCUAUUUUGAAAAAGAUAUGGAAGAUUCCAUCAACCACCAGAGUUAUUUUAAUGUCAUGGCGGACUUUAGUUACAAUAAAAUCCAGACCAUAAGCAAAGAGCAGUUUUCAUCAUUAGCGCCACAACCACCCCAUGUGAAACAGAUAGUUCCUCCAGGCCCACCUAUUCGGCCAUACAGCGAGGAAGAUGACAAAAACGAAGAAACAGACGUAUCAGUAGUAGGAGAAAAGUCUUCUACUGAAACAGGUCCUGUAGAAACAGUUGCAAUACCACAGACCAAACCAGUAGAUGUAGGGGUAGCUAGGUCAUUACCCACUAAAGUACCAGAUGUUAGACAGAGGACACCUGUUGCUGGCUCUAGGACGCCAAAAACAAGGAAGGAUGCCACGACUGUGCCAAGGUUUUAUCCCGUUGUCAAAGAAGGCAUUCCCUUGGAUGCUAAGAGCCCAAGAAAACAGAAAACAAAACACAGCAAGAAUCCUCCAAUAGAACAUCAUGUAGGCUGGGUGAUGGGAACCAAGGAACAUAGACCAAGAUCAGCGUCUACAAG